AUGCCCAGGGGGUUCCAGCAGAUCCAGGAGGACGAGGUGACCCCCGUGCUCGCCCUGACCGUGUUCGCUGCCACGCUGAGCUCGCUCACCUUUGGCUACAACAUCGGGGUCAUCAACGCCCCCCAAAAGGUCCUGGAAGGGGAGUACAACGCGACGUGGGCGCGGCGCUGGGGGUCUCCCCCUCCCCCCCAGACCAUCUCCCUGCUCUGGGCCCUGUCGGUCGCCAUCUUCUCGGUGGGGGGGAUGGGCACGGCCCGGGAGCGGCUGGGCAGGAAAGGCGCCCUAUUGGCCACCAAUGGCCUGGCUGUGGUGGGCGGGGCCUUGAUGGGCGGGGCCAAGCUGGGCCCCACCUACACCCUCAUCAUCAUCGGCCGCUUCAUCGUGGGAGCCUACUCAGGGCUGGUGUCGGUUCUGGUUCCGCUCUACGUGGGCGAGGUGGCUCCGCUGCGGCUCCGGGGGGCUCUGGGGACCCUGCACCAGCUCGGCAUCGUCCUGGGCAUCCUAGGGGCUCAGGUGCUGGGGUUGCGGGCGCUGCUGGGGACGCCGGCGGCGUGGCCGGCGCUGUUCGGGGCAGGGCUGCUCCCGGCCGCGCUGCAGCUGCUGCUGCUGCCGCUGUGUCCCGAGAGCCCCCGGUUCCUGCUGGCCCGGGGCCAGCGCGGCCGAGCGCGCCGAGGCCUAUCGCGAUUGGCCGGCCCGGCUGCCGAGGCGGGGCUGGCGGCGUUGGAGGCGGAGCUUGGCCGAGGCCCCGCCCCCAGGGUGGGGUUUCUGGAGCUGUGCCGGAACCGGCGCUACCGGCAACCGCUGAUCGUCACCCUGGGCCUGCAGCUGGCCCAGCAGCUCUCGGGGAUAAACGCGAUCUUUUAUUAUUCAACGUCCAUCUUUGAGGGGGCGGGGCUUCGGGAUCCAGCCGUCGGCACCAUCGGAACGGGCGUGGUCAACGUGGCGGCCACCGCCCUGUCGGUGGUGCUGGUGGAGCGGGCGGGGCGGCGCCUCCUGCAGCUCGUGGGGCUGCUGGGAAUGAUGGGAUGCGCCGGGACGUUGGGCGUGGCCCUCAAGCUCGGGGGUCCCGUUUGGGGUGCCCUGGCUUUGGGGUCGGCCCUGGCCUUUGUGGGGUUUUUCGCUGUGGGGCCGGGUCCCCUUCCCUGGUUCGUUGGGGCCGAACUUUUCCCACCUGGACCCCGCGGGGCCGCGCUGGGUUUGGCCGGGCUCGUGAACUGGGCCAGCAACACCGUGGUGGCCAUGGCCUUCCCUGCCCUGCAGGACGCUCUGGGUCCGUUGGUUUUCCUCCUUUUUGGGGGGCUCCUGGGGGGUUUUGCUCUUUUUACUUUCCUGUUGCUCCCCGAAACUCGCGGCCGAACUUUUCCUGGAGGGGAUCCCCAAAAUUUGGAUCCCCCAACCUUACGGAACCCUCCGGAAAAAGACACCGAGCUCCAGUGCUUGGCUACGCACGAGGAACCCUAAAAAACCCCAAAAUUUCAU